CUAGCGAUCACGUUUCCAAGCCUUAGACGUGAGCCAAUGCACAAAACAAUGCACGACUGUGUGUAGCUCUCAUUACUACAUGCAAACUGUCAACAUUUCGGUAUGAAUCAUUCGUCUUGGUUCAGCAGCGUACGCAUGGAGUGCAGUAGAAAGAAUGUGAUGUGUACUUCUGUGCUUGUCAUCUUCUCUCUGAUCGUAAUCAAAAGUGCGGUGUUCAUGCAGUCUUCAUAUGGUGACGUGUCUUAUUUUCGCUGGAGUCCCAAUGUGUAUGCAAAUAAUGAUGUUCAUCGUCUAAAAACCACCUUACCAUCCGAACAGUGUAUAAAACGUUUUUACCGCCCCGUGGACUGUAACCCAGUUAAGAAAUUAAUCUAUAUUAAAACACACAAGACCGGAAGCACUACCUUAGCUUCUAUUAUCGAAAGAUACGGUUACACACGAAAUCUAACUAUGGCAAUCCCGAAGGGAAAUCACAUAUUUUCAAAGACUUCCCAGCCGUUUCAGAGAAGUAUGGUAGCAGAGAUAGAUGAAGGGACACACUUUGACAUGCUGACAAACCACGCCCGGUACAACCGACCAGAACUAGACAGUGUGAUACCAAAUGCAACAUACAUAACUAUAUUACGUCAUCCAGUGAAACAGUUUGAGUCGUCGUUUAGUUAUUUCAGAUGGAAUAAGUACAUUCGAAGUAAUGAUCCAAUUAUGGAGCUAUUCCGUAACUCGACAAAGUACAUUGAUAAACUUCCAAUGAAAGGUCUUGUUCAGAAUGGGCAACUCUUUGAUUUGGGUUUGACCGCCGAACAAACGCUGAAUGAAAGCAUAGUUGAAGAAAAGAUAUUGUCGUUGGACAGGGAGAUGGAUCUCAUCCUUAUCACAGAGUAUUUUGAUGAAUCUUUAUUAAUAUUACGCGAUUUACUAUGUUGGUCUGUUGAUGAUAUAUUGUAUAUUUCAAACGGAAUACGAAAGGAAACACAAAGAAGAAAUUUGACUUCAACAGAGAAAGAUAGCAUCCUCCAAUGGAACAAGUCAGACUUGAAAUUGUACCAAUAUUUUGAAAAAAUAUUAGCGUCGAAGAUAAAGCAAUAUGGUCCCUGUUUUGAACAUGACCUUCAACUAUUCCGUAAACGCCGUGACAAAAUCAUGGAGCAGUGCCUCGAAAAAAAUAUUUUUGAUGUUGUACAAGGACGAGAGAGCAGAUAUGUUCUUAAACGUAAUGCAACUGAGUUUUGUUUGAACCUCUGGCGAGGCGAUGUCACAUUCACAGGACUGAGAAGAAAAGCAAAUCGACUGCAUGCUAAGCAAAAUAUUUCUACACACUCCAACCAUGUCAUACUCUGUAAUAUUCAAUUACAAUUCUGGUUCCCCAAUAACUCUGUGUGCUUUGGAUAUAGUGGUGAUGACGGGUGCACUGAUGGUGAUGACGGGUGCACUGACGGUGAUGACGGGUGCACUGAUGGUGAUGACGGGUGCACUGAUGGUGAUGACGGGUGCACUGAUGGUGAUGACGGGUGCACUGAUGGUGAUGGCGGGUGCACUCAGGCUGAUGGUAUCCUGACACUACUCUUAGUAGUUAUAAUGCAUGGUUGUAUUGGAAAGCCGGUCAAAGAUGGGAAAAAGGGGAAACACGGCAAAGACGAGAACGGAGGACGCAGCACAAGGGGAUCAACGGAUAUAAACGACGAAUAUAGCCGAUUGGUGUUACUUGUCAAAAUUUUACAAAAAAAGACUAAAGAAAUGUAUACAAAAUAUGAGGAUAGCAACCCGAAACUAAUGAAUGAACUAUCGACUCAUCAUGUGAAUGGCCUGCCGAACGCUAUUGACAGACAAAGUGAAAAAAAAUUUGAAGAACAAGAGCUGCUGAUGGCACAUCGACGAAAUCUGGAGAUGUAUUCACUAUUUAUGAAGAAAGCAAUGAAAUCACUUGACAAGAAAGAGAAACGUAUUUUCAAGAACAUAUAUCGUUUUGUUGGAAAUACAAAAAACAAAAUAGCUGACAUAUUGUCUUUGUUGGGAUGCACAGACGAAGUCAGAGAAAACCUUUCCAAGGAAGAGAAGAAAAAGGCGAGGUCCAUUAGCAAAUUCCAGCCAUCAGAAUACCGAGGGGUUAAAGUGGUGUAUGAAUUAUUCAUGUACAUUGGACGUGCUAAGCAAGGCGUGGAAUCGCUCAGCACGAAACACGAGAUGGACUGA